UCUUAAAAACAAUUUACAUCUUUUUCCGUCGUAAAAGCAUCAAGAUGGAAUCGCCGCGAGGCAAUCUGCGUAAUGUGCAUGUGGAGAAUAUACAGAACUUGAGCACACCGAUUCGCAUACCGCCAUCACCAAUGCUGAAGACCCUGGGCUAUGGCACCGGCGUAAACGUUUAUCGCCUGGAUCGCUCGCCCCGUCUUGGGCAUCCCCGUUCCCCGUGGGCAAUCAAGCGUAUAACCCAGCGUACGCUGGACAAAAAGGAUACUAGUUUCAACGACCGCAUUAUCCAUGAGGCGAAGAUCUUGCGAAAACUAAGCCAUCCCAACAUUGUUGGUUUCCGCGGCGAGAUGCAGACGGCCGCUGGCGUGAACAGCCUGGCCUUGGAGAUGUGCAAUACCUCACUGGGCUCGAUACUGGAAGAGCGCUUCGAAGAGGAGCUGGGACCGCUGGACGCUAAUCACAUCUUCAAAAUGAUUAUGGACGUUGCCAAGGCGCUGAACUAUCUGCACACCGAAGCCAAGUUGCUCCACGGCGACCUCAAGUCUUUUAAUGUGCUCGUGAAAGGCGAGUUUGAGAUCUGCAAACUCUGCGACUUUGGAGUUUCUCUGCCUCUAGACGAAAAAAAUGAGGUGAAAAUAAGUGGGGAAUAUGGUCUUCGCUACGUGGGUACCACUCUGUGGUCCGCACCAGAGGUUAUUGACCAAAUGGAUACAAUUGACAGCAAGGCUGACAUCUUCAGCUUUGGCCUUGUAAUCUACGAAACAUUGGCCCUCGUGCCGCCGCACACUCUCAUGCUGAAUGAUACCGUCGAUGGCGACGAGGGCGACGAGGGCUGCGAUGAAAGCGGUGUUGGCUGCCUUAAGGACGACUCCAUCGUCGAGUUAAACAGCUUUCUAGAGCCGGCCGACGACAAGGAGAACGAUCCUGUUCUGAAUAGCCUGGAGUCGGCAUAUGGAACACGACCACCCCUACCCGAGGCCUUCGAGCUCAGCGACGACUACAACACCAUCGUCGAGCUAUUCUACCUGUGCACGAAUGAUUUGGGCGAGGAUCGCCCUACGGCCCGCACCAUCUUGGAGUGCCUCCCGAAUAAUGCGCCCAAUAUAGACAAGUCCAGCGAUUAAACAUGCUGCUCCUCCCAAGCCUCAUCCGCAUCUAACUUUCAACCUUCUGGCAUUUAAUGUUACCCAUGGUACAUGGGAUUAAAUUGCAUUUAUCUAGAAUCUAGAUGUAUCUCCUUGGAAUUUACGUGUAUCUGAUUCCUUCACUAAAAAAUAAAUAAAUCUUUAAUCUAAA